UCGAGAAUCCCCGCCCUCCGCCACUCCCGCGCGCUCCGCUCUCCGCCGUCCGUUCCCGUUCGCCGCCCUCCUCCACCACCACCAUCCUCGCCGUCGUCGCUUCUUUCUUUAAUAUAAUCAAUCAAAUCCUCCACGAAUUCCGAUCCCCACUAAUCCCACCGGUGAUCCCUUUCCCUUACGCUAACGAACCAUGAACAGUCGUCGCCGCGACUCCUCCACCACCACGCCCAAUCGCUCUCCUGCCUGCGGCUUUAGCGGCGCCUUUUCUUCAUCUCCUUCCUGGCGUUCCGUUCGGGCUUGGUCGUCGUUCCUCGGUUCGAUUUGACCGCCUCCGCCUCUUGAGCCGGUCGAGCUGCUGUUGGCUUGCUGGCUCCUGGCUCAUCGGUGUUCUCGCGUUCGUUCGGGGAUUAUUGGCAGCGUAGUUUACUUAUCCUGUUAUUAUCCAGUUCUGCUCUCUGCACCCCAUGUAACAAGUUUGCAGGUAGGUCCAUAGCUGCACUGACAGCGAGCACAGCGAGCACAGUGAUCUUUACUAAGAUGCCACAUUGGUGAUUGUUGUAAUUAUAUUGUUCAAAGGUAUAUAAGGGGAAUGUUUAAAAAAAUCAAUACAGAUUUGUGACAGCAGAUAGCGAUUAUGGAAGGUACAUUAAUCAGGACAAUUCGACUCAAAACGGGGCAAUGAGCAAAAGGAUUCUUUAACCGCACUUCACAGAGCCUUUACCGAUAUGGAGGCUUCAUCUCAUGAUCCAGCAGCAGAAAAAUUAAUUGGACAUGAAGAUGAUACAGAAUUAACGCCUUGCGAAGGUAUGGAGUUUGAGUCUGAAGAUGCUGCAAGGGAUUUUUACAGCUUGUAUGCAAGACAAGCAGGUUUUCGAAUUCGGAUCAGCAGGUAUACUCGCUCUCGACGUGAUAACUCAAUCAUUUCUCGCCGUAUUGUAUGCUCAAGGGAAGGAUUUCAUGAAACUCGGAACUGUGAAAGCCUCCACCCUGACAAAAAACAGCAAGAAAGGACAGGUGCUAGAGUUGGUUGCAAGGCUAUGAUAAUGGUUAAGAAAAUUGGUCCUGGUAAAUGGGUAGUUACCAAAUUUGUGAAGAUCCAUAAUCAUGGAUCAGUUCCACCAAGAAAACAUGACAUUAGGUCAGCAGAUCAGGACCUCAAUCCAAUUGAAAAUCCACAUUCUAAUGAUGUGGAACCUAUUGAGGAGCCGGUUGAGGGUAUGGAAUUUGACUCUGAAGAAGAUGCGAAAUCGUUCUAUAUAAACUAUGCAAGGCUUAAUGGUUUUCGUGCACGUAUUAGCAGGUACUGCCGUUCAAGGCGUGACAACUCAAUCAUUUCUCGCCAGAUUGUGUGCUCCAAGGAAGGCUUUCGCGAGGUUCGAGCCAAGAAAGAGAUUACAGACGAUGGGAAAACGAAGCGCCCAAGAAUGAUAACUAGAGUUGGUUGCAAAGCUAUGAUUGUAGUCAAAAAGAUGAACUCUGGAAAAUGGAUGGUGUCUAAAUUUGAGAAGGAGCAUAACCACUCGUUGUUAUCUUCUAAACUGGCCCCUAAUACAUCAAACAUUACUUCUGAAGAAGUUGCUGAAUUUACUGGAAUGUGUUCAGAUCCAAAUGAAGUGAAGGCUGAAAGAUAUGGUGCAGAAAUUCAAUGUAAUUCUACAGAUUCACUUACUGCACUUUACAAUAACUUAUGUCAGGAGGCUAUAAAAUUUGCAAAAGAGGGGUCAGUCACAGAAGAUAUUUACCAUGUGGCGAUGUCUGCUUUGAAAGAAGCUGCAGUGAAGGUUGCUCAAGUCAAAAGUUGUCACCCAGUAAUGCAAGAGCCUACCUCCAAGGUCCUACAGGUGAAAACUAUGGAUGCUUCGCAAUGUUCAGAUGAGGUCAGAAAGAAAAUAACAUCUCAACAGCUCAAGCUUUUUCAAGAGCCUACCUCCAAUCUAGUGCUUGUACCUACCAACCCUUCAACUGAUUCAGGCACUAAUUCUAACAACAGUGCUCAGUUAUCAUGUGCUUUCCCCGCAAAUGAGGGGCAAGGCAGGGAUGGAUUAGAACGUUCUUAUUUGCAUGCUGAGGACAGAAAGCAUGACUCUUCCGAGAAAUAUCAGAAUUGCACUUCCAAUCGAGCAACACAAGGAAAUCAUGCAAGUCUUCGUAGACCUUCUGAAGAAACUGGAGUUGCUAUUCCUGCAAUACCUCUGACGCUGUACAUGCCUGUGAUGAGGAAUUCACCUGGAGGUUCUGCUGAUGGACAGUACAAAGUGUUGGCUGCACCUAUCGAAGCAGUUCCGAUUUCAUACCGUCCUGCGGAACCCAUCAGACAGCCAAAACGAAGUUAUGGUAAUAUAGGCCCAUUGCCAGGUGUUAUGUCUGAACUGACCAGGCGAGGAGAAGGUCCAAACUCUCUAGUACAUGCUACAGCUGUUGCUUGUGGUGCUCGUGUUGUUCCGCUUCAGGAAGCAGCUUCGUUGAUCAAGGCCAUUGAGUCCAAGAUCAGAUCUGGAGGGGCCAAGAUAGCAAGAUUACCUUCAAGCAGCUUGAGGCAUCUACUUCCGGAGGCAGACUCCAUGUCAUCUUCUAGUGAAGAUGGUGAGGAGAAUGACCACAGUGAGCAACUGGCAGUGAAUGCCGAAAACUACUGCCGUGAUGAUCAGAUCUCCAAGGAAAUGAGAUUGCAUGGUGAGCCGUCGUCAGAGUUGGAAACUGAUUCUGAGAAUGGUUGAAGCUGAAAAUGAAAACCAUGAUACUGCUGAUUGCUGACAGAUUAUAACUGAAGGAUCAUUGGAUCAAAGUUGUCUGAAGAUGUACUUUUUUGAUUGAUAAAGCUGUAUGAAGAUCGAAGCUACCCUGCAAUGUUUAUACCAUAAUUUAGAACAUUUGUGUAUAAUUGGUUUAGGAUUCUAACCACUUGUCUGAGUUCAAUUAUAAUUGGGUUGGAUUUGUAAAAAAGGGACUACCCAUACAGCGUUGGUGGAUAAUCUGUACAUGAACUACAAUUAUGGACAGCAAAGAUAAUAGAAUUUUUAUAAUUCCA